AUGCUGGUCGGCCGAUCGAUUCAGGGUAUUGGCGCAGGUGGCAUCAUGGCUCUGACCGAAGUGCUUCUUGCAGACCUCAUCCCUCUCAAAGAACGAGGAAAGUGGUUCAGCAUCCGCCCAGGGACUUGGGCUCUGGAAACAGUCGCGGGCCCCCUCAUCGGGGGAGGAUUUGCUCAGUCGUCGGCUUCGUGGCGGUAG